GGGGUGGCAGCGGAGGAUGGCGGAGCCGCGCCGGGUGCCGUUCAUUAGCCUGUCACCCGUGCGGCGCCGCGAGGGCGAGAGCCCGGCGCUGGAGCGAGAGCCGGCGGGCCGCGACCCGGAGCCACCUCCGGCGGGCCGUGAGGCGCCACCGCCGGAACCGCCGCCGCACGAGCCGCCCAGCGACAGCGCUGCCCGCCCGGAGCCGCCCCGCGACCCCGGCCGGCCCGAGCAGCCACCGCAGCGGGAGCCCCCACGGCCCGAGCCGCCGCCGCUGCCGCCACCGCCGCGCCAGAGCGGGCGGCAGGAGCCGCCGCCGCCGCGGGAGGCGCUCCCGCUCCGCCAGACGGUCCGCCUGGAGGUGGUGCUGAAGGACCCCACCGAGGAGGGCUGCGUGGAGUUCAGCUACCCGGAGCUGCUGCUGUGCGGGGACUCGCGGAAGAAAUCGGUUCAUUUAGAGGAUCCAUAUAAUGAUGAACAACGUGAACGACAUGAAGUAGAAAUGCUUGCCAAGAAGUUUGAGGCAAAAUAUGGUGGCAAGCCCCACAAACAUCGGAAAGAUCGCCUGCAGGAUCUGAUCGAUAUAGGUUACGGCUACGACGAGACGGACCCUUUCAUUGAUAAUUCUGAAGCGUAUGAUGAAUUGGUUCCUGCAUCCCUGACAACCAAAUAUGGAGGGUUUUAUAUCAACACUGGCACGCUGCAGUUUCGCCAGGCAUCUGAAUCAGAGGAUGAAGACUUUGCAGAAGACAAAAAGCAUAGACCAACUAAAAUAGCAAAGUUGAAAGAAAGUGAAGAUCGUGGAAUGAAGAAACGCAAGCGAAAAGAUGAAGGGACAGAAAAGGAGAAGAAGCCUCGGAAAAUGAAAGUUCCUAAGCAGUUGGGAGUAAUGGCCUUAAAUUCACACAAGUCUGAGAAGAAGAAAAAGAAAUUAUAUAAAGAUUCGCUCUCUCUGGCUGCCAUGAUCCGUAAAUUUCAAAAAGAGAAGGAAGCCAUGAGGAAGAAGGAACCUAGUCCAAAAUCUCCAGUGACUGUUGCAACCUCUACCCCUAGUAAAAUUCCUUCCUCCUCUCUCAGUGCAGGAAAUGAUAUCUCUGACUUGAAUCUUAGGAUCAAUGAUCCUGUCCUCUCCAUUUUUGGUAGCACAAAUGAACCUGAGCUCCUGCAAGAAACUGAAAGUGCCCUGGAGAUGCUGGGAGACAUUGACUUUGACAAGUUGCUUGAUGGCACUUCUGAUGGCAGCCCGGGGUCUGAACUGUCAGGAGAGAAUGGAAAUGUCACUCAGGCAACCUACACCUCUCAGGUCAUGACACCCAAGCAGGUGCCUGCCCUCCCAGAAGGUCUGCCUAUGCUACUUGAAAAGCGCAUUGGAGACCUUCGAACAGCUGCCAAGAUGUUUGAUGAAGAAGGCAGGAAGAAGUUUUUCACACAAGACAUGAAUAAUAUUCUUCUGGAUAUUGAGCUGCAGUUACAGGAGGUGAAUCCUGCCAUCCGCAAUGGAGUGUACUCACACCUGGAGGCUUUCGUGCCGUGCAAUAAGGACACGCUGAUAAAACGCCUGAAGAAGUUACACCUCAACGUCCAGGAUGACCGCUUGAGAGAGCCAUUGCAGAAGCUGAAACUGGCUGUCAGUAACGUCAUGCCUGAGCAGUUAUGCAAGUAUCAAGAGGACUGUCAGGCCCGCAAUCAAGCCAAGAAUGCCAAGUUGCAAGCAGAAGAUGAACGAGAGAAAAAUGGAUCAGAGGAAGAUGAUGAUGAGAAACCUGGAAAGAGGGUUGUUGGACCCAGAAAGAAGUUUCACUGGGAUGACACAGUGAGGUCUCUGUUGUGUAAUCUUGUCAAGAUCAAGCUGGGAUGUUAUGAGCUAGAGCCAAAUAGAAGUCAGUCUGCUGAAGAUUACCUCAAAACCUUCAUGGAAACAGAAGUGAAACCACUUUGGCCUAAAGGCUGGAUGCAGGCAAGGAUGCUUUUUAAAGAAAGCCGAAGUGUUCACAAUCACCUCACUUCUGCUCCGGCAAAGAAGAAGGUGAUUCUGGCCCCUAAACCCAAAGUGAAGGACUCCAGUCCAAAAAAGGAACAGAAAACCUGUAUGUCUUCAGUCAAUUCAAGUUGUGCUUCUGUACUGAGUUCAAGUGCAGCUGUGUGCACCCCAGCCAGCUCUAGCUGCACAGCAGCUCCGGAGACGAUCUGCUUGGAUGACUCGCUGGAUGAAGACCUCUCUUUCCACCCACCCUCACUGGACUCUGUUUCUGAUGCUCUGGCAGUUAUCAAUAAUGGUGCCAAGGGGUCACCUCUUGGGUCUACCAUAGACACACCAACAUCCAGACCUCGCCCUGGGCUGAGGGAGGAGAAACUAGCAAGCAUUAUGAGUAAGUUGCCUCUGGCAACUUCAAAGAAAGUAGAGCCCACUCAAACAUCCCAUUCAUCAAGUCUUAUUGCUGGUCACACAGGGCCAGUACCAAAGAAACCCCAGGACUUAGUUCACACUGGUAUCUCUUCAGGCCUUAUUGCUGGAUCUUCAAUUCAAAAUCCCAAGGUUUCCUUAGAGCCUUUGCCAGCCAAACUACUUCAACAAGGACUACAGAGGUCAAGUCAGAUCCAAGCUGCUUCCUCCUCUUCUCAGACUCACAUUUCUUCCUGUAAGACUCAAGCAGCUAUUUCCACCUCCUCUCAAAGAACCAAGGAUAUCUUGGUAUCAUCUGCUGAGGCUCAAGGUGGUACUUCCUCAACAUCACAAGUGACAAAGGUGCACCAGCAUUCAGCUGUACAACAGAAAUACGUAUCUCCCUUACAAGCAACUAUUAGUAAAUCACAGACCAAUCCCGUGGUGAAAUUGAGUAGUAAUCCCAAACUCUCUUGCUCAUCACCAGUCAUCAAGGCUCAAGAUAAGUCUGUAGUGUAUCGCCUGCCUUUGUCUAAUCCCUCAUCCGGAAGUGGCUCUCAAGUGUCUCACCCACUGGUUUCUCGGACAACAUCCAGCACCUCUACCUCUAGUAACUAUUUAGCCAAGGCUAUGGUGUCACAAGUUUCUUCCCAGGGUUUCAAACCUCCCUUCUCCAUGGCUGCCUCUCCCAAACCUGCUGCCUCUCCCAAGCCCACUUCAUCUAAGCCCUCUGUGACACCGAAGCCCAAUGCAUCACCUAAAUUUUCAUCCAAGUCCACCUCAUCCCCCAGGCCUGCAACAACACCCAGUUCUUCCAGUUCAAGUGCACUAGUUUCCCAGAGUAGUCACUCCAGCAACAACCCCCUUCAUAAACAGACCGGUGGCGUAAAUAUCAGCAGGCAGUCUCCUACAGUGAAUUUGCUGUCCUCUAAUCGCACCUCAGGCCUUCAGCCUGCAAAAAACCCUCAGGCUUCUUCAAAAUUGCCCAACUCUUCUCCUUCUGGAACUGUUGGUAAAAAUAAUCUGGGUGGAGUUGGAAUGAAUGUACCUGCCAGCAGAGGCAGUAACCUUAACUCAAGUGGAGCUAGUAGGACUAGUCUGUCUGGGGGAGCAGGAAGUGGAACACAGGGUGCUACUAAACAAUUGUCAACUCCACACAGACCAUCUUCUGCCUCAGGGUCUCCAGUUGUAGCAGCCAGCGUGCAGUCAACAGCAGGAGCAUCGUUACUGGCUAAUGCCUCACCUCUGACUCUCAUGGCAUCACCCCUGUCUGUGACCAGUCAGAACGUGACAUCUGCACCAUUAGCUCCUUUUGGGAUGCUGGGUGGCCUUGUUCCUGUGACUGUGCCCUUCCAGUUUCCCUUGGAGCUGCUUGGCUUUGGGACAGACACAGCUGGAGUGACAACCACCUCGGGAUCUACCUCAGCGGCUUUCCACCACAGCCUAACUCAGAACUUACUGAAGGGUUUACAGCCAGGUGCUCAGCAUGCAGCAACACUGUCUCACUCACCUCUGCCUGCUCACUUGCAGCAAGCUUACACAGAUGGAGGCCAAAGUAAAGGGGACACUAAGUUACAGCGGAAAAACCAGUGACUUCUGGACAAGCAAGGGAGCUGAAGCAGUUCUGGUUGGCUGACAGAAUCUGCCCAGUUGGGAAAGUGCUUAUUGUCACAGGGCUGCUGUUUCUGUCAAUGUUUACAUAUUCUGAUCCUAAGCACUGUGGUGAGAGGAAGAAGAAAAAUAAAACAAUACUUGAUCAAAGAGAGAAGGAAAAGGAGGACUGGUCCUCCUGGUCAUGCAGACUGGUCAUAGUUUGGUAUUGCCUAAAGAAACAACCUUUUUUAUCUGCUCUGAUUGGCUCUUAAAAGAAAUUGAUCGUCAAACCCACAGCAGCACCAACAUUUUAUUUCUGGAUGAAGUACAAUGGAAAGUGGAAAUGGUGAAAGGUGCUAGAAUAGGUUUCUCCAUUCAUUGCAUAAAGUGGAAUCAUCCACUUCCUUAGUGCCCAAAGUGCCCAGUAUGUGUAGGUCCUGAGUGUACUAUAUGGUUGUGGACCAAAGGUUAUGUAGAAUAGAGAUGGUGCUGGGAUACUUUGCAUUACAAUUAAACCUUUAGACAAAAGCAGUUUCUGAUAAUGGGCAUUUAUCCAGCUUUUGAAGGCUGUUUCACUUUAGGGAGCCUACAGAUGUAUGCAGUCUCAAUAGAGAGUUGUCUUCAAAAACAGAUCUCCUGGUACAUCAAUAUGUAAGACACAGACGAUUUGAUUUAUUUUCAGGGUUUUUUAAAGUACAAAAGUUCUUAUUUAAGGGAGGAAGGGGAUAGAAAUUCAUUAACAUGAAAAGAAACCCACAUUUUAUUGGUCAGACUAGCAUUUUCCCACUUUUUUUUUUAAAUCGCGCUAAUGUUUCAAUAUUUCCAUUUGUUAAACAUUCUUUACCUUGUGCUUAUUUGCUACUGGAAAGAUACUCUCUUCAUGUCUUUCAUAAACCACAACCAGUUCUUUUCUCAUUCUAAGGCUUCAUCUUUUAUCUAACUCCUCCCAGAAGCCAUGCAUUAUAUUGAUUUGCUAGUUAAAGUAAGCCGAUUGUGACCUAUUCCAGAGUCAGAUUAAUACUGCUUCAGGCAUUAGCCAAAGAGGAGUCGUUCAAAAGCGACCAGAGGUGCCUUCUCUUCUGGGGGCUGAAUGGGUUGUCUCCAGCAUUUCCAGCCCCUGCUGGCCUGGGGAGUUUGACCUGAACUCUUUCUUACAUAGCAGCACAGGACUUCAGAACUUGCUUUGUUGUUUUUUUUUUUUUCUUUGAUAAUAAUACAUCAACUGGUUCACAUGUAAGAUUAGGAAGCAUCCAGCACGUGUUGCACUUUUGACACUAGCACAGAAGUUUGCUGUUGUGUCCCUUGAGCUGUCAGAUGAAAGGUGAGAAUGGCAGAAACUAAAAUAAGUCAUAGGGAAAAGGAGCAAAUAAAUCAGUAUAAUGCCCUUCUUCUUUAAACCUGAAACAUUCCUUUGACCAGAGAUGCUGAAAUUCUUAGCAGAUAGUUUUUCUGGUAGUUUGACAUGAGGCUGAACCAGACACUACUGGUUAUCUCACACCUUUAGAGAGACUUUGACCCCUGAAUAAUGGCUCUUCAGUGUAUUUUGCUAGAUUACUUAGAGCUUGCAGGUUUCUUUUACAUGUGAUUUAUUUUUCUUAGAUCAGACAACAAUUUCUUUUCUAUUUAGAGCUCAUUUUAAUUUUAUAUAAAUAUAUAUACAUAAAUUUAAAAUAAUAUAUAUUGUGUAUUUAGUAUAAAAAUGUUGGGUUGAGCUCAGCAAUAAAUGUUUUUGCACAACACUUCUGUGAAAGACAGAUUGAAUUAAGAUGCAUUAGUUCAUUAGUUUCACUCCACAGCAUCUGCCAGUUAAAUGCUUUUUAGCUGGUGCUAAUGUUUUGUAUGUGAUGUGUUGAUCAGAUAAGCUUGCAUCUCCAUUGAGGUUUAGAGUUGAAACACAAACGCUGUGUAGACCCUGGCAUUAAUACUGCACAAAUUCUUUCAAAAUACCAUCAACUAUUUAGAGUGCAAGCUUCAUCUGAUAUUUUUUUCUUUUCUCCAGGAAGGGUUGAAGGAAGCCAACUUUUGCUUUUUGAGGCCAAACAGUUCUGAUAGGAUGUUAAUUCUCUGAACUGUGUCAAACCUGAACAAUGCAUGUAGCUAGGGGAGUUGUGGCAGUGAGCCAUUGGGCAGCAAUAUAUUUAAAGGACCCUGUCCUAAGAGAGUUCUACCUCUUCUGUGUUUUCCUCAUCAAGGCAUCCCAUUCAAAUUGUCAUCUUUUGUCUUCAUACUUACUGAAAUUUUAGACUGGGAGACUUGGAGCCCUUUAUGACUACAGCACAAAUUCCCUUUCAACAUUCAUUUCUUCCUAGAAGUAUGCUUCAUCUUCAGGUGAAGAAUAUCCUCUCUAAAUGUUAAGGGUAGGAGUAGUCCUACCUCUGUGUCCUGUUGAGCUUCUCAGUCUUGGGAAACAAGUAACCUAAUACUUACUGUGGAAAUAGAUACUAGGAUGAUGAAAAUAAAGAUGACCAUACAUUGUUUGUGACAUCAGUUCAAACAACCCCCCCAGCAGGUAACUCUUUUCAGUCAUUAUACUCCUGUUAGUCAUUAUGCUCCUGAGCAUCUUUUCAAUGAACGGCAUUGGGGAUGGGGACCCUUUACUUGCUGUUUUCUAUUGUCCUUGGUUAAACCUAGCAAGGUCAAAUCAAAGGAUGUAAUAGGGUGGUUCCCAGAGACCUUUGCAGGAAACAUAGACAGAAUGGGAAAGAUUACUGCAACAUUUGAAUGCAAAAUUAGGGUAAUGUUUUACUAUUUUCUGCACAGCAGCUCUUCUGAAGACAUUUCCCCCCCCCAAGUUUUUACUACUUUUUAAGGGCCUUUGUUAAUAAAUAAACUGUAGUUGUACAUACUAAAUAAACCCUCAGUAUUCACAAGCAAUAAGAAAGCCAAGUAGAGCUGUCUUUUCAGGCAGCAGGGCUGAACUUGGUUUGGGGACUGUAUACGAGCUAGCGUGUCAAGCUCUCUGAAAGCCCCAAACAAAUGCAAGCAAUAACUUCAAACAUAGGUUUUAGAUGUUGAAACUGUCUGGGUAGUAUUCCCUGCUACAUGACCCAAAGUCCCAAAAACCAUGGUAGCUAUUUGAAAUUAUUUGAGACUCUUGCAAAGAAAGAGGGCAGGCAAGAUGAAAAACAGGCUGCAGAGUUUCCUGAUACCUUGGACUAUAACUGCAGUGUUCGCCCAUUCCAAGACACAAAUGGCCUAAGUCACUCUGUCCAGCCUUCUCUGUUGAUUUGAGAAACAUGUCUAAAUACUGAUCAACUGAGUCACAAGUGCGGAUGCUGUGGGUUUCACAUCUGUUUUCUGCUAAUCAGAAGAAACUUUUAAAUUACUUGGGUUCUGCUUUGUGUUUGAAUCUGAUAAAAGUUGUCUUAUGCAUGGAUUUAGGGGUGGGACAGGUGCUAAAAGCCUGUUCCUUCCUGCAGUCCCAUCACCUGACCCUUCCUCCACACUCCUUCUCCACUUGGUGCAAGACCCUUGAGGACAUGAAAACAGAGAAAUCUGCAACUCUCCCAAGCUGCCAUCAAUUGUGCGAACCAGUAACCCUCUGGGAGUCACCUUGGACUCCAACUAACUUUAUCACAUUUGCUGCUACAUUUGUAAAAUGAACUUUUGGCUGUAUUUAUUAGCAAAUUUUAAUCUAGUUUACAGGGGUUUUUUUGUUUUAUUUUGAUUAGCUUUUGCCCACAGUUGGAUUAGAAGUGUUUGGGUUGAUGGGUUUUUUGUUUCAAUUUUUUUGUUUGUUUGUUUUUGAGUGAAUUGGUGAAAGCACAGUGGUCCCUCUUCUGCUUUUGUUCUGGAUUUUUUUUGAAGAUGGCAUUGCAGGGAAAAUCUACAGCCAAACCAAACUGAGGAAGGCUUUUUCCCAUACCUAACUUUCAUCUUUUGCUGAACUGGGGGAAAAUCAUUAAAGGGACACUUGGGUUUUUUGUUUGGGCUUGUUAGUUGUUUUGUUUUUGGUUUUUUUUCCAUAAAAUGAACCAGAAGGUUAAAGCAUUAGGCAAACAACUAAUUCAUUAACACUUAUAUGCAAUUUUAAUUUUAUAGAAAUUCUUAAGAAGGUUGCUAGACUUAGAUUUGUCCAAGCUCUGGUGAAAUGGCUGUUACCCUUCAUGACUUACUUGAUUCAGGCCUUUGUCCUUUGUUUAAGUGCCUUUUUUUUUUUUUUUUUUUUUUUAAUUUUAUUUCCCUACCCUCUUUAAACUUUUCUCAGCGAUCCUGAAGUGCUGGAAAGCAUUUUGGAGGAAAAUCUUAAGCUUGCCAAGAUGGCAUUAUGCUGUUAAACUGGGGUUUUUCUCCCUUUUGUAAAGGAAAAAAAACAAAAUCACGUGUGUAUUGUAUGUAACUUCACAGCUGCUGUACUGUGGCAUUGGUUCUGUGUCCUUGUGCAUUCUCUCUCUCACACACACACGUGCACACACACACAAGCAAUAUUCCUGAAACCUGUUCAUCCUUCUCCAUUCUCCUGGCUCUGUUAAAUACUACUUCAAGGUUGAACAUUUGUGCAAAGACGACAGUACAAUAAAAGAGUGUGUGCAUGAGUGUGUGUAAAAGUGCAUGAGAGAAAGGAAGUGGCUAACAGGAAUGAAACUUGUUGCAUUUUUCUCUGAAGUUUCUGAAUUGGUUUCUUAAUUAGAUCACAAGUAAAAUAUUAUGGGCCCUGUUUGGCAACCUUAAUUACUGGACUGCUUCACACAAUCACUGAGUCUGAGGCAGAGAUGUGUGGCUGACAGCCCCAAGGAGCUGGGAGGUAAAUAAAGUUAAAAUAGCAGCUAGCAACAUAUUUUAAUUGAGAUUAACUGCAAGAAUCUUGUGUGCAGCUGGUCACAUCUACUUUAUACCAGUUACUGCAAGGAUUCUCACAUUUACCAAAGUUGUCACUUUCCACCAAGCAUCCUAUGUAAGAAAGAAUAAGGCAAAACCUGCAAGAGUGCAGGCGCUAAUGGAGUUUAAAGCUUGCUGUGGUUCACAUGCUGCCUAAGUCAUUCACCAUGACGUCAUGGCGUACUUUUCAAGUUGUACUACUUCUCAGUUUGUUGAGAUUUCAUUAGUGGUUUCUUCUCUUACUAUAAUGAACAGUAAGUUCAUGUGUUCUUAGCUGCAGAUAAACCCUCAUAAUAGUAUCUGUGCUUGUUUCCUUCUUCUCAGACAAAAUUGGCUAUCUGCAAUAGAUGAUCUACUGAUUUUAACAGCUUUGUGCUUGAGGAUCUAUCUAACUUAUGAUUAUUAUAAGCAUGAAUACCUGAAAUUAGCAAUUCACUUGUGGACCAAGUGCCAAACUUAAGGUAACAUGCAUAUGCAUCACUAGACUGUUGUAGUUCUAGUGAUGUGCUUCCCCUAGGGAAGAUCUAAUUUUGAGUUGCAAUAUGAAAAGGAAACAUUUAUGUUGCAGAGUUGGAAUGGAAUGAGGAGUCCUUCAUGGGUGGAGAACCAGUGUGGAAACCAGAAAAUAUGGUACCAAAUACAUUCCUGGCAGAGAAUGGCCUCAGUUCUUGGCUCGUCUUCACAUGUUUGAGUUAACCUGUUACGCAAACUAUGCCAUAAGCGGAUUUUUCCUACCAAUCUAAUGGUGCCAGUCAAAGAUAGGAUUAUUGCUGGUAGCUCAGCCAGCUGGAGUGGUAGUUGAGGGUGCUCCUUCAUCUGUCUUAGGUGCAUCAGUGAAGUUACUUCAGUGAAGUUUACCACAUUCACCAAUUACGUUGUUUAAUUCCUUUUGAACACACAUGCUCUUGAUCUUGGGCUGAUAUGUGGGAUGAGGAAUCUACAGCUGGUGAUGAUGGCUGACUGUUGCAGUCUUUAACAAAUGCAGCUGUGGUAAAAAAUCUGUGUCUGUCUACUGCUUAAGAAAUCACUGCCAAAAUAAUCAGCCAGAAGUAUGCUUACUGGGCUACUGGAAAAAUAACUGUUGUGUAGGGAAAUACUUUGUUUGUGAAAACUUCUGGUGAGGGUUCAUCAUCCUUUUUCUAUCAUGCAGUGAUCCCUUGCUGCUGUAAUAGCCUUUUGGGGCUCUAGAAAGCCCUGGUGCCGCUGAGAGUUAUGCUGAGAGAUCAACAUGACCUGGAAUUGGCCCAAAACUGGGGAAGUACAAAGAUUCCCUGCAACUGAUUUUGCACACUCAUAAGUAAAACUGCUGUUGUCAGUAGUCACAGAUAUAGGCCUGUCUUUUGUAGCCAUUUUUGACAGCUGUAGUUCUACCCCAGCCAUCACCAUGUUUUGUAUUUAGAAGCGUGUAUCAGUCUCUGCCAUUGCUGUCACCUCCUACUUAAACAACAACCAUUCACUACUAAGUUUUUCUUUAUGGUGAAGUAAUCCCAACCAAGCAAUAUACACUGUAUUUGGCUCCUAUCAUGUGCAAUACUAAAAGGGUUUUUGUUUCUUCCUAGCAAUGUGUGCAGAUGCAUUUUAUCAAUAGUCAUAUUUGCUAUUGUCUAGUACCAAGAGCAAAAGAGUGGGAGAAUCAACCAAAACCAGUCAGAAGAUGCCACUAUCAUAGACCAAACUGAGCAGUUGCUGAGGUAGACAGAGCUUCAUUGAGACUGAGCAGAUUUCACCAGAGUGGGGGAAGAAACUUUUUGUGUUCUCAGCUUUUUCCAGCUAAGGCCUUAGUUUGUUAGUCACUAAUAUCAACUAUGCAGAUAAGUAUUUACGUGUUUCAGUGUUACAUGCAUUCCUUUCCCCAGCUACCCCAGCUAAUAUUGAAAUUUUACCCAAAGAAAAUUGAGUAUUUUUGAAUGUCUGUAAUGCAGAACUUUUUGCUAACAUGAAAAAAAAAAAAAAAACUUAUUUUAAAAAAGAAACCCUUUCACUGGUGCAACAUGUAAUGUCAAGUGUCAAAAAGUUGCUUGAGAGGGAAGCUAAAAUCACUUCUUGUGACAGGUUUUAGUCUGAGAGUUUUAUAGAAUAUUCAGCUCUCACAAUUGGAUUAGGAAGCUGGAAAAAUGUUUUUUAAUGUACAGGUUGGAUUUGGGAAGAAACUCUUGAGACAUCCCAGGUUUCUUUCCAGCAUGUGAAGUGAAUUAAAUUAAUUUCUAACUGAUAUGAAGUUGCUUCUAAACAAGGGGAGUUACCAGCUAAAUAAAAACUAAAUCCCAGUCCCCAGGUAUUUCUCACUGGUCUUUUAGUCUUGUUGUAUGUGACUACAAAUAACAAUUUAGCUCAGAGGUGAGAAUUGUAGUAUGUGUUUUAUUGCUGGUGAUUCCAUCAUGUAGCAAUUAGUACCAUGUUCUUGCAUAGUUAUCAAGAUCUGUACUGGAAAUAGAUGGAAAAAUUUUAUUUUUGGACUACUGUUUAAAAAAAAAAAACAACAAAAUUACUACUUUUUACCCCCAAAAAGUCUACUGAGGAGCGCUAUAUUUUAGCAGUUAAACUAGUAUCCUUGUUAAUGUGAUUUGUCUCUUGUAGUCUUUUACUGAGAGUUAGCAGCAUUUAAUGAGUAAUCCUUAAAAAGUUGCCAUUCUCUAGCUUAAGGUCAGGUGCGUAUAAUAAAAAGGCAUCUGUGCUGAUAUCUUCUGGUGAUAUAAAAUCUCUAUGUUCAGAAUACUUCACUGGGGGCAAAAAAUCAGGUGAGGGUGCAAGUCCCUUUAGGCCUGCCUGUUAAAAGAGGGUCAGUGACGAGUGCCCUGCGCAGCUAAUGGCAGUGGGGAAUAUCCCCUCAACAGCAGUUUGGCCUCCAUAUCCUUUGUUUGGUGUAACUUUUAAUAUAUAUAUAAUAUAUGUUAGCAAGUUUGGAUAUAACCAGUUUAACUAUCUGACUUGCUGUGAUCCCCCAGACAAUGAAGGGCUGAGAAACUAUUUUACUGCCUUUCACUGAGGAGCUCAGAACAAAAAGCUGGAGGAAUUUUUUUUUUUUUUUUAAUGUUAUUAACACGUCUUAAAUCACAGCUAGAAUUCUUUGCAUUCUUUGGCUUCAAACAAAGGAGUGCAGAGUUACUAUGAGAUGGCAAACCUGUUUGAGUUGGUGAUUCCUGUGAUGCUGUCCUCAGUCCAGCAUGAAUUUGUACAAAGUCACCUUCCUCCUGUGAACACUCGCACAUUCCGGGUCAUAGGGCUUAGCGAUGGAGAGAGGAUCCCAACAGCUUUGUGCUUACCUGAUGAGCUCUCCAGGGAAACUGCCCCAUGAAAUGCUCCCCUCAUGUGACAACAAGCCUGAGCAACAAAAUGCAGCUACAUUUGGGUGGUAAGCGCCACUUUCAUUUGGAUUUUUUAGGGAGGUGUGUUCCAAUAACUUCAAGGUAUACUGUGUUUUAAAUGUGUGGUUUCUUUCCUCUCUCCUUAUAAAACUGGACCUGAACACAACUUUUGAGUUGUUGGGGUUUGUUCUUGGUUUGGUUUGUUUUUUUUUUUUUCUUUGUAAUAAUCUCAGGACCUGAAAGAUUGUAGCAUUUAGUGUGUCUUAAAAAUGAUGUACUGUACCAGCCAUGGAUUUUGUAAAUACACCUGUCUCCCUUUUUUUGUAUUUUAAUUUUUUAAAAGUGUGUAAGGCUCUUUGCCAGAGGAACUGGUGCCUGCUUUAUCUCCAUCCUGAACUGAAGCAGGAACAGGAAGAAGCUGCUGCCUCAAAAGCCUGCGUCAGUUCCAAUGGCUAUAUGGGACAGUUUAAUGGCUGUUAGUCUUUUGUUAGUUGGGAAGCUGGUUAGUUCCCUGCACAUUCCCAGUUGUGGCUAGCAGAGCCCUGUCAGGGAGGCUAAUUUUAACUCUCUUCUAUGUUACUACUUGACGUUUUCACUCCUUCCAGGUACUCAGGUUUCCUAUCCCUGAGCAGUCCAAUGCUUUCAGAGGUCAGGAUUAUUGGCCCUCUGUGAGAGUAACUGGAGAGCAUUUCACUUUUAUCAGUGCUCGGAUCCAAACACAGUCAUGGGGUUCGUAUCCUGCAAACCUUGUGGGUAACGCUGCCUUCACCUGUUCAGAAGGGACUUGCCCUUUUCUGCUUUCCUGAAAGGAGCGCAAGCUUUUUUUGGCAGCAGACUUUGCUCUGGGAUCCACCCUUGCCGGCAGACCCCUGUUCUGCAGUAGGAGCCUUACUCAAUUUGGCGUAGCUGUUCCCUGUCCCUGACUGCGACAGGCUUUUUCAUGAGUGUACUUUUCUGUUUUUUAUGUGUCACGUGUCUGUGCUGUAUUAAAUAAAGAGGAAUGUACAUAUUA